CAAAGUUCCUCUGCUUUUCCUUAGGAAAAUAUUCAUUACUUUUUUUAAGUAUAUAACAACCUCCAAUAAGGGUGAAAUUGAUUUCUUCAUGAUUAGAAUGGCCUCCUUUUGGUUUCAUUUAGGAGCACUCAUCAACAUCAUCAUGGCUUUCAUGGUCUCACCUUUGCUUUCUUUAUCUCCGAACCUUAAUUCUGAUGCCUCCAACACUAUCUCAACUACACCAUCAUUCUUGACAAACUCUCCUCCAUCUCUUCCUCCUUUCCAAGAAAUAUCCCCUGACAUUGCUCCACUUUUGCCUUCUCCUGGUGGUGAAGUCCCUACUUCAACUGGAUCAUCCAUACCCACCAUUCCUUCAAGCCCAAGCCCUCCAAAUCCGGACGAGUUGGAUUUACUUGGACCCGAUUCUGCAUUGUCGCCAUCUGGGUCAAUGCCGGCUUCCUCUGCAGAAUCUAAAUUCUUGGUUUCAUAUUUGAAUAUUGUUUUUGCAGGUUUAGCUGCAUAUUGGUGUAUGCAGCCAGUUAAGAUAUAGUAGUAACUUAAGGGCUACAUGAAAUCCAUAAUUCUUGUAGCUUCCCACUCCUUGUUGAUGCUAAUCUUUCAUUCUUUACAGCAUAUGAUACAAUGUAUGUAGCUAUUGUCUCGUCCAAUAUUGUGACUGUAAGCUAUUGUGAUUGAUUUUUGAGUAGAAAUGAGUUGUAUUAAGAGACUAGUUUUAUUGUCAGUCAUUAUUGUACUAGUGUCAAUUUUAAA